AGCAAACACCACAAACACAGGAAAGGUUUGCAAAGCUGUGAGACCACAAUCCUACUUGCUGCCUGGACCGCCAGAGCCGGAGCAGGGCCCUGGGGAGAUGGCUGUGGUCCCAGCAGCGGAGAGAACCGGAGAGAACCUGCCGCAGCUCCAUGUCUCAGCCAGGGCUCCUUUCCCCAGCCUCCACCUGUGGAUGUGAUGGCGGCUCCUGCUCUGUCCUGGUGUCUGUCCCUCCUUGUCUUCCUCCUAUCCCUGGACAUCCCUCAGGCGUCCACAGCAGCGAACGAGGCUUCCAAGCUCACAUGCUUCUACAACUCGAGAGCCAACAUCUCCUGUGUCUGGAGCCGGCAUGGGAGCCUGCAGAACACAUCGUGCCGGAUCCACGCCCAGCCGGAUAAACGGCCCUGGAACAAAUCCUGUGAGCUGAGCUCAGUGGGGCUGGCAUCCUGGGCGUGCAACCUGAUCCUUGGACCCCUAAAUUCUCAGAAACUGACCUCAGCGGACAUCGUCCACAUCAGUGUGAAGUGCCUCCAAGGGAAGACGUGGAAGAUGGUAAUGACACAGCACUUCCAUCCCUUUGAGAACAUUCGCCUGAUGGCCCCCGACUCCCUCCAAGUCACCCAUAUAGGGACCCACAGAUGCAAUAUAACCUGGAACGUCUCCCAGUCCUCCCAUUACAUUGAAAGAUACCUGGAGUUUGAGGUCCGGAAAAGGUCCCCAGACCAAACCUGGGAGGAGGCUCGCCCGCUGACCCUCAGGCAGAACCAGCAAUGGAUCCACCUGGAGACGCUCCUUCCGGACACCCUGUAUGAGCUUCAAGUGCGGGUCAGGCCCCAGCGAGGCAACUUCACAGUUUGGAGCCCCUGGAGCCAGCCCCUGGCCUUCAGGACGAGGCCUGCAGCCCUGGGGAAGGAGACCCAGGGCCUCUCUUGGUUGGGCCACACCAUGGUGGGCCUCAGCGGUGCCUUCGGCUUCCUCAUCUUAGUCUACCUGCUGACCAGCUGCCGGUACCUCGGGCCGUGGUUGAAGAAGAUUCUGAAGUGUCACAUCCCAGACCCCUCAGAGUUCUUUUCCCAGCUGAGCUCAGAGCAUGGAGGAGAUUUCCAGAAGUGGCUGUCCUCGCCUUUCCCCUCAUCCUCCUUCAGCCCCAGCGGCCCGGCGCCUGAGAUCUCCCCGCUGGAGGUGCUGGACAGGGAUGCCAAGGCCACGCAGCUGCUCCUUCUGCAGCAGGACAAGGAGCCCUCCCCCUCCCUGGAGACGAGUGGCCACUCGCUGACCAGCUGCUUCACCAACCAAGGCUAUUUCUUCUUCCACCUCCCGGAUGCGCUGGAGAUUGAGUCCUGCCAGGUGUACUUCACCUAUGACCCCUGCGCCGAGGACCCCGACGAGGGCGGGCCUGGGGCACCCGAGGGGUUUCUCCUCCCGCCCCUGCCGCCUCUGCCUGGGGAGGACCACGCCUAUUGCACCUUCCCCCCUGGGGAAGACCUGCUGCUCUUCUCCCCCAAUCUCGUCGUUGGCCCGAGCCCCCCAAACACUGCCCUGGGGGGCACUGGGGCCAGUGAAGAGAGGCCGCCCGCCUCCCUACAGGAGGCAGGCCCCAGAGACUGGGCCCCCCCACUCCUGGGGCCUUCCCCUCCAGAAGCCCCUAGCCUGGUAGAUUUCCAGCCGCCCCUGCAGAACGCACUGGGAGAAGCAAGAGAGGAGGCCCCUGCUCCCGGCCCUGGGGAGGGGGCCAGCUUCCCAUGGGCCAGACCCCCUGGGCAAGGUCAAGUCAGGGCCCCCGCCUCCUGCCUGACCCUGAACACUGAUGUCUACUUGUCCCUCCAAGAGCUCCAGGAUCAGGACCCAGCUCACUCCAUGUAGAAAGUCGGCCGGGCUGAGAAGCAGGAGGCCCCCCACUGUUGCUCCAGCUCCGCUGAGCGGUCUGUCCUCAAGGCUUGUCCACUGCUGAGACGCUUGGUGUCCGGUUGCCCCGUGGAUAUCUCCAGCGGAUGGCCCCAACCUGCCCCUGCACACUCGGCAGUUCACUUCCAAACCUUAAUUGCUGCUCCCUGGUCCUACUGCCCAAGUCAGGAACUGCAGGGGGAGGGGACACUUUCACCCCCCCCCCAACACUCAUAAAUCAUGGGAUCCCCUGAGUUUUGCCUCUGAAACAUCCCUCCAGCCUGCAGCUGCUCCUCGGGGAGCGUUCCUGAGGUUCUCCAGGCUUCUGCACCCCAGCCUCCUCACUGGGUUUCCUGCCCAGUGUCAUCCACUCUCAGGCACCCUGCACAGGGCAGCCAGAGCGCUCUUUCCAAAACAGACGCAGCUCUGCUGCCCUUGUUUAAAACCCUGUCGUGACGCUCCGCUGCCCUCGGCCCCACUUCUUGGCCUGGCCCUCACCCCGUCCAGCAUCAUGCUGGGUCAUUCCCUUGCGGAACCCUAUCCAAAGCCCUCUGGAGCCCCUUGGAGCCCCCUCACGCCCCCACACAUUUGCACAUGCCAUUCGUUCUCUAUGCCUGCGGUGCCCUGUCCUUUCUCAUCUAGGUGAUCAAGUCCCCUUAGCCUUCUGCCAGUUCAGCUUCCCUUGGAGAGAACACUGCUUCCCUUAAUGUGCCCAAACCGUGUGGUUCAGUGCUGGACGGAUAAGCUCUCAGGGUCACAGGGCAGCUGAACAAAGUGGCCCUGUCACUUCCCCGUGGCGUCUCAUGACCUCAGAAUGCUUGGCUACCACAUCUUUAACGCGGUGGCCCAGAUAUGGACACAAAUCCCCCAGUAAGAUGGCCACUGGCGGGAUCCUUCCACAAUGGCUUCACAGAGUCAUAAACAUGCUGAUGCUCCCCCUCCUGGUGGCAGGUCCUGAUGCUGGCACAGGGAGGCCACUCCAGGGCUCCUCCUACUCCUCCCUCCCCUGCAGGGGUCUCUUCUGGGGCCCAGGGGCUGGCACACCUCCUCCAGAGGGGCACCUCACUGCACUUUGACAAAGUGCACUUGGCAUCCCAUCCUGUUUCCCGGGUGGUUAAUGAACCAGCUGGCACCACCUUGCCUGGGCUCCCUGCGCCCAGCUUCUUACAGCGGGCACCAUCCACCUCCCAGGAGCACCCUGGACGCCUUGACCCUUCUGAGGUCAAGCCUCAUGCCCACUAGGUUACAGCACACUGGCUCCAGCAAGAGACAUCGCCUCACAUGGCAGUCCUCCCGCUCCCAGCCCCUGCUCAGGGCUCCCCAGCAUCCCUCCACUUCUUUUCCCUCUAUCCUGGCACUGAGCACACAUACCUGUGAUGUCUGCCACACUUUACCUCCUUAACGAGGAGUCUUAGGAAAGCAUUUACAACUAUGAGCCAGGAGAGCUGCAGUGCCUUAAUUUGCAGGCCCUGCUCUCAACUGAUUGGGCACUUGACACAAGCCCCCCCACCGCAGGCUGACCAGCAAACUAUGAGGGGGCUUGGAACAGAAGCUCUGUCCAAUCAGGGAAGCCGGGCCUGAGCUGACCAAUCAGGUUUCUCUCAGUCUUGGGCCUUUGAACUCAGGGAGGGAGGGAGGCCCCUGGGCGCAGGCGCAAGUAGAGAGGGCAUGGGGAAAAGGCUAGAGUGGGAUUGAGUCCCUGCUCCUAAUACAGAGACUGCUGCUGCUGAGGGGGCUACUGGCGGUUCACUCAGGUUUCUCAUGUCCAAAAUAAACUCCCUUUUCCGGAGGUUGCCUUGAAUCUUGGAUACUUAACGCGGAAUAGCUGAAUUACUCAGAGGUCUCACUCCCACCUCCUGCCAUCGGUGCCCUGUGUUCUUGGCUGCAAGGCGCCUCAGCCCUUGCCUGAGCCUCAAACCCUAGCUCCACGCCCAGACCUUGGCUGUGUGUCCUGGGAUAAACUAGGAAACCUCUCUGCAAGUUAGUUUUUCUACUUCGCAGAGUUCUUGGGAAGGCUUACAUCGCUCAAGCCCUGGUCAUUUGUGUUAUAUAUAUGUACUUUUUAAUGAUCCGUGUGUACCAUCUUUGUUUUUGUUUCCUUAAUAUUUUUCUUUAAGU